UGUCUGAGAAAUUUAAAAACUAUUACCGGCAAAUGGAGAGCUCCAUCACUCGGAUUGUACUGGAUGAAGCCCAUCAACUCAUAACAGACUCUAACUUCCGUAGCAACUUUCUGAGGCUGAGUGAACUUGCAGCAUAUCCUGUGCAGAAGAUCCACCUCAGUGCAACAAUCCCUGCAUAUAUGGAGAAGCGCUACUUGGAAAUUGCAGCUCUGCCCAACUCUACACCCAUUCUCCGUGCUCCAACGUAUCGUGCAAACUUGUCAUACAGUCUCUUCGCAGUCAACCCCCGUGUCCGUAGCCAGGCUCGGCUCAUUGUGGAUGUUGCUGCGUACAUGCAAGCCAACUACUGGGAUGACAAGUGCAGGGGUAUCAUUUUCUGCCCCUCUGUGGAACGUGCCAAAGAACUGGGACGCCACUUCAACAACUGUAUUUCUCACAGCGAUAAGACAUCCUUGUCUGACAUGCAACGGUUCUUGAAUGAAGAAGCAUGGUUCAAGGGCACUAUGCCUUGGAUCGUAGCAACAACAACCUUAAUCCAUGGGAUAGAUUGUCCCAGGGUGAAGGUAGUUAUGUAUGAUAACAUCCUCUUUGGCCUCACCCCGAAGACCCAGGCUGAUGGGCUAUUGCAAGCAGAAACUGUGUCUCCAGGGGAAAAGAUGGCUAGUUCCUCUGCUUGUGCCACUCCUGCUGUCAACCCACAACAGGAUGUCUUCUCAGCCCCUGCAUCUGGUUCUACUGAUGAUUUAUAUGGAAGCUUAGAUGACCAGGCCUUUAUGGACAUUGAUAUGGAACCUGCUUCACUGGUUCCUGGUCAAGCAUUCAUGGUGCAGAAUCCAUCUAUCUCAGGCUCUCCUGCAGCUGUUGUUCCAUCUGGCACUGUCACAUCUUCUUCUGGAUCACCAAUGCGUAUUCAAGCAAUGCGAAAUGCACACCAGCGAGGAUCAUCCUUUGGUGCUACUCGAGGGUCACUAGUAGCAUCUGCUCCACCUACUCCGACACCUUUGCGGUCAACCCCUGGGAUACUUGGCUCAUCUACACCAGUGGUGCAUUCUGGUUCAGCAAUGCGUCUGCAAGCAAUUCGAGAUGCGCAGCAAUUAGGACAUCCUGGAACACCUCUACAGCUUGGCAGGAUUCUGGUGCCUUCGACACCAGUUACGUCUUCACAUCCCUCUGGGUCAGCACGUCCUACUCCUUCUGGCAGUAUUGCAAGGCAAGAGAGGACUCCAUAUGGGACUCCUCCACACUUUGGUAGGGUGCUUGUCCCAUCUACACCUGUAACAGCUUCCCAUCCGUCAGGCUCAGCACGUCCAGCUGCAUCUAUGUCAAUUGUCAUGGAUGCUGCAUAUGCAGAACAGCUAUUUGCUGAGAAGCGAAGAAAGGCAGCUUUGUUAGGAGUUUUAACUGGGCGACUUCUUACGCGGUGUCCUAUCUGCUGGGCAUAUAGCCGUAAUCUUGUUGUAGAUGGCCCAUCUCACCGACGGUUUAGGGACUGCUGUGGUCCCAAAGGAUCAUCUGAUCAUGCAAAUGGCUGGAGUGACUUGCGCGCUGAAAUGGCGAAGAUUGGCUUUGCUAAAUAUCAGUACUGCUAUACCUGUGGUAUGCCGCAAACGAAGAACUUCAAGCCAGAAUGCCACACACAGUUUUUAGCUGGUGAGAAGAACAAGUGCCCCAUGGCAUACUUUACAGUCCACCUUCUCUGGUUCAUCUACUGUGAUCUAAGGCUUAUGGAGAAAGCAAGGCGAGUGUUCCCUGAUAUACCAAGGGACUUCAGUGUGGAAUCGUUUGCGAAGUGGGUGAUGAAGGGUGAAAGUCCAGAUCGAUUCUAUAACGGACUUGAACUCAUACUAUGGUGGGCUGGUUCUCUGCAACUGGCAUACGAGAAGCUUAUCCACCGAACACGCCAGGGUCCUCCAUUCACUUUCUACGGACUUUGA